AUGGCGGGUCGCGACGACGGAGGUAGUGAGACCUCCGGUGAUCCCGCCGGGGGAAGCUCGCAAGAGGUCGCGAGUCUGAAAGCGGAAAUGGGGUCGCUGUCGGAGCAGAUCAGCCAGCUGACCAUGCUGGUGACAAGUCUAGCUUCACGCAAGAUGGAGGAGUCCGGCGGUGCCAAGGAGGGUGCUGCUGGACGGGGCAACGCUACGGAGAGCAUAGCCGCGUUGCCUGCGGUAGCUCAUGGAAGGGCACCGCAGGUCGAGAGCGCGCGCACUGACUAG